CAGGAUCGUGAGAUAACGCUGACUUCCGGGCUGCGUAUUUAAUAUAACAUCUGCAACUGACCAGCGAAUUGUGCUCCAGUAUGGUCAUUUGGAGCGUUUUUGACCUGCUGACCCCAUGGGGCCUGUCCUGGACGCUCCUUCUCGUCCUGAGCUGCCUGACAGCGGUUCAGUAUCUACAGCGCCCCGCUAACCUACCGCCCGGCCCCAGGGGCUGGCCUGUAAUUGGGAACCUCUACAGCUUGAGAAAGGAAACACCCCUAGUUCUGACUGAAUGGGCGAAAGAAUAUGGAGACAUCGUCAGCUAUCACACCGGUUCCAAGCUUCGAAUCGUACUAAACAGUUACAGCGUAGUGCACGAAGCCUUUGUGAAGAAAUUUGAUAUCUUUUCCGGCAGGCCUGAACCUUUAACAUCGUUUAUGGCACAGCGAAAGGCAAAAGGUAUCGUAUGUGGAAGCUACGGACCUACCUUGAAAGAGCACCGGAGAUUCAGCAUGAAAAGUCUUCGAGACUUCGGCGUCGGCAAGAGUAGUCUGGAAGGAAAAAUUAUCGAAGAAGCACGAGCUCUUGCGGAUAAAAUCUCAAAACAUGAGCAUCAAGAGUUCCGCAUUCACCGGAUGACACGAGCUGCCGUGUCAAACGUGAUUGCGUCGAUCGUAUUUGGCUUCCGGUACGAGUAUGACGAUCCCGAGUUCCAAGCCCUUCUGUACUCCGUAUCUGAAUCAUUUUCAAUUUCUUUAUUAUCCCUUCUGCCUGCAAUAUUCCCCACCCUUCAGUACAUACCUGGCGCGAACAAUGGUCUAAAAAGGUAUGAAAAGAUCCUUAUGAAAGUCUUCAAACAUGUUCAAGAAGAGAUCAAGGAGCACAAGAAGGAUUUCAACCCAGACGACGUCAGGGACUUCAUUGAUGCGUUUCUUCUAGAGAUAAAGAACAGAGAAAAUGAAGAGGACAGGGCAUUUAUAGAAGAGCAACUUGUCACGAUCGUGGUAGAUCUUUUCUUUGCUGGAUUCGACACCACGUCCAACACUCUCCAAUGGGCCCUGCUGUACAUGAUCCUCCAUCCGGACAUCCAGGAGAAAGUACAGCAGGAGAUAGACAGCGUCAUCGGGAGGAACCAGGACCCCUCUAUGGUGCAUCGCAAUCAAACACCCUAUACGGCAGCAACUCUGGCAGAAGUAGAGCGGCUGGCGACCGUUGCACCCUUGGCCUUAGCACACACUACUACUGAGGAGACAACUUUUAGGGGCUACAAUAUCCCAAAGGGCACCAUCGUAGAACCCAACAUCUGGGCGAUUCACCACGAACCUCAGCUCUGGCCACACCCACACAAGUUCGACCCCACCCGUUUCCUUGACAACACCGGGAAGUUUGUAAAGAGGGACAAACUCAUUCCGUUUUCAAUCGGACGCCGUGCCUGCCUGGGAGAACAGCUGGCAAGGAUGGAGCUCUACCUGUUCUUUACCUACCUUCUGCAGCGCUUCAGCUUCAAACUGCCAGAGGGCGCACCUGUACCAUCUGCAAAAGGAGAGUUUGGAUUAACUCACGCUCCUAUUACUUAUGAACUGGUGGCUGUGCCAAGACAUUUACCAUCUGAAACAUGUCCGACUUACUAAUAUAGAUUCCUUGUAGCAUCUAAUUUAGCAUUUUGCUACACCAAAAUUUAUUGUAAAUCUGUUUCUUCUAUAUCGAACGAUAUCUUUGCAUUCGAGUAUGGUCAGUAUGUCGUUACAUACAGCAGUGUAUUAUCAUAUUAUUGAUAGCAAAUGGUAUCGAUAGCAAAUAUGACAAUGAUCAUGUUAAAUAAUAAUUGUGACGAUAUGGUGAAGUUACUGAGUAUAACGAAAAUUUCCAAUACUGGUAUCACUUUACGUUACUUAACAGAAAAUGCGGUUUCUUUAGCCAAUUAGAAAUGCGAAAUAUGUCAUUCUUUAUUUUUCGUCAAUUGCAUUCUGUCCCUUCAACUAUUCGACUUUGAAAAUAAGCUAAGCUAUCUGAAAGUCAGUCAUUUGGUAAAGUUCAAUUGAGGUCAUGUAAUGCUCCUAGAGCAGACUGCAAUACUUUGCUGUACUGUGAUUGGUUAAGCCACCUAGGGCACCCUGCACUUGGUCAGUUUACUAUGCACCCGGCCUAUAAAAGCAAGGACAUGCUGUACUAUGCUCGUUCGAGCCCAUAACACUGAGGAAGCCACAUUGCGAAACAUGUUUGUUGUGUG